GAUCAGCUGACGGGCACAAGUUGGCCCAGCACGUAGGCUCCAUCCCGUUUCCCUAGGGAGCCCCCGAGCUCCUCCCCUCUCGUGCCCCGCUCUUCGCGGGAGGGGCGGGGCGUCUCCGAGAGGGGCGGGGCCGGAGCUAGAAGCCAGAUUGAAAGCGGUGAGGCUGUUUGGCGGGAAGUUGGCUUAUUUCCCUGGUCCCCGCCUUGUUUCUCCCCAGGGGCUUCACAGUCUUCCUUCCACGAUCUCGGCAUAGGGCACAGUACCCUUUCGCACGGAGGACGCGAUGGCUCCUAGGAAGCGCCCAGAAACCCAGAAGACCCCCGAGGUGGCUGUGCGCCCCAAGAGCAAGAGGAGCAGAAGCCCCCGGGAGCUGGAGCCCGAGGCCAAGAAGCUCUGUGUGAAGGGCCCUGGUUCUAGCAGAAGAUUUGACUCAGGCUGCCUUUGGGCGGGGUUGGCUAGCCUGCAGGUCCCGCCACCAAGCAGCAUCGUCAGGGCCCUCCACCACCAUAAGCUAGGCAACGCCGUCUGGCCAUCACUGCAGCAGGGUCUCCAGCAGGCCUUUCUGCACUCUCUGGCUUCUUACCGGAUAUUCCAAAAGGCUGCCCCCUUUGACAGGAGGGCCACAUCCUUGACAUGGCACCCAACUCACCCCAGCACCCUGGCUGUGGGUUCCAAAGGGGGAGAUAUCAUGCUCUGGAACUUUGGCAUAAAGGACAAACCUACCUUCAUUAAAGGGAUUGGAGCUGGAGGGAGCAUCACUGGGCUGAAGUUUAACCCUCUUGAUACCAACCAGUUUUUCACCUCCUCAAUGGAGGGAACAACUAGGCUGCAAGACUUUAAAGGCAACACUGUCCGAGUUUUUGCCAGCUCAGACACCUGCAACGUCUGGUUUUGCAGCCUGGAUGUGUCUGCCAGAAGCAGAAUGGUGGUCACGGGAGACAAUGUGGGGCACGUGAUCCUGCUGAACAUGGACGGCAGGGAGCUUUGGAAUCUGAGAAUGCACAAAAAGAAAGUGACCCACGUGGCCCUGAAUCCAUGCUGUGAUUGGUUCCUGGCCACAGCCUCCGUAGACCAAACAGUGAAAAUCUGGGACCUGCGCCAGGUUAGAGGGAAAUCCAGCUUCCUCCACUCACUGCCGCAUAGCCAUCCUGUCAACGCAGCUUGUUUCAGUCCUGAUGGAGCCCAGCUCCUGACUACUGACCAGAAGAGUGAGCUCCGGGUUUACUCAGCCUCCCAGUGGGACUGCCCCCCAAGCCUGAUCCCACACCCUCACCGCCACUUCCAGCACCUGACGCCCAUCAAGGCAACCUGGCAUCCUCGGUACAACCUCGUUGUCGUGGGCCGAUACCCAGAUCCUAAUUUCAAAAGCUGUACCCCCCACGAAUUAAGGACAAUCGAUGUGUUUGAUGGAAACUCAGGGAAGAUGAUGUUUCAGCUCUAUGACCCAGAAUCUUCUGGUAUCAUUUCGCUCAAUGAGUUCAAUCCCAUGGGGGACACGUUGGCCUCUGUGAUGGGUUAUCACAUUCUCAUUUGGAGCCAGGAGGAAGCUGGGAUGCGGACAUGAGACCCAUUAAUGAAGGUGUGGACCAAGCCAGAGCUUGGAGCCACCUGAGAACACAUCCUGUGUGAAGAGGCGGCUGUGUGUUAAAGGGCCAAAGGUAUCCAAGUCUUAGGGUUGGAGCAGGGACACUGUGGCAUGGGAUGCUGUGGGACUGGGACACUGGCAUGUUAACUGCUUUGGACUUAGCUCCAGAAACUUCUCCGGGGUUGGUACCCCAGGUGCUCCAAGGGUCUCUGCUAUAUCCAGCCUGGAGCCAAGCUUCUCCUGGGGCCAAGGGACUUCUCUGUUCUUUGACGUGCAGUGACAGAGGGAUCAGGUAGUGGUCCUCGGUUUGUGCUCACGAUUGGCGUGGCUAAUAAAACCAUACCCAACUGAGCUUCUGAGUGGAUCUUCCAACACUGACCUGGCCGAAGCGCUCCCUGGGGCCCCCAAAGGAAGAAAAGGCACAGAAACCGCACUAAGAGUCUAGAACUUUCAUUCUCCGGAAGUCACCUUAGCCCUGUUCUGGGCCACAGUCACAAGCUGGCCAGCUCACAACCUGCAUGGGCCUCUGGUCCGUGGAGACCCCAGCCUCGCUGAGAGGGAUAGUAGUGUCAGGUCUGUGCCGCAACUCAUGCCCCCUCCCUCUCCCUCUCCCCCUCCCCAGCACCAACACCCUCCUGCCCUGCUCCAGCUGCAGGCUGACAAGAUGCCUGAAGCAUUAUGUCUGACUCUGUAACAGACAUAAUGGCUUCAGGGGGACAAAGGAAAACUUGGCUGGCUGGCCUCUGGGCGAUCCGGUUCCUUAGUGGCCAGUGUCCAUACCCCCGAUGUUGUGCAGUUUUUCCCACUACAGUAAGCACUGAGAGGCAAGACUGUGUCCUCUGAGCCAUUUGCUGAAGAGUCCAGGCUGGAAGAGAGAGCAAGGCUGGGUUUGGGGGGUGGG